AUGGGCGACGCGAAACCCGGGAUCGUGAUGGCUAACAGAGAUCGGGAGCUUCUGAUUCCGGUUGCUCAUUCCGGUGAAGACGAUGACGAUUCUUCACCCAAACCCUCCUCUUCUUCUUCGUCUUCUUCUCAUCACACUGGUCAGGAGACGUUUUACAAGUUGAUCAGAAGCUGGGCAUCGAAGAAGUUCAUGACUGGAUGUGUGAUCUUGCUUCCGAUGGCGAUCACUUUCUAUGUGACGUGGUGGUUUAUUCAUUUCGUUGAUGGAUUUUUCUCCCCAAUAUAUGCUCAACUCGGAAUUGAUAUCUUUGGACUUGGAUUUAUCACAUCCAUCACAUUUAUCUUCUUGGUUGGAGUGUUCAUGUCAUCAUGGUUGGGGACAUCGGUUCUGAAUUUGGGAGAGUGGUUUAUCAAGAGAAUGCCCUUCGUUCGCCAUAUCUACAAUGCGUCUAAGCAAAUCAGUACUGCCAUAUCACCAGAUCAAAACACUCAAGCUUUCAAGGAAGUAGCCAUCAUAAGGCAUCCACGUAUUGGUGAAUACGCGAUUGGAUUCAUCACAUCGACCGUUGUUCUCCAGACUUACUCAGAUGAAGAGGAGCUUUGCUGUGUGUAUGUGCCGACGAAUCACCUUUACAUUGGAGAUGUGUUCCUUGUAAGUACUAAGGAUGUGAUCAGACCGAAUCUCUCAGUAAGGGAAGGCAUAGAGAUCGUUGUGUCCGGAGGAAUGUCGAUGCCGCAAGUUCUGUCAACGCUUGAUAUGAGAAUGGCUCCAGAGAGAAGUAGAAGUAGUAGAGUUGAAAGAAAGUGA